AUGGGUAGGGAUGCAAGUACAGCCGUGAAGAUCAAUGACGGCAAGGGAGGCUACGCCGGCAUGCUCGACAUUUUCCAUCACCUGCACUGCUUGAGAAUGAUACGGAUCGGCUACACGCUGGACCUCUACCCGGCGUACCAGCCCAUGCUGUCAUCGCAGAUGGGCGAGCUAGUGCCCAUGCACAUUGACCACUGCAUCGAUGAGCUACGCCAGGCUGUCAUGUGUCGUGCCGACGUGACGGUCCUCACCUCGGACUGGAUUGAUUGGCACCCAAAGCCGUGGCUAAAUUUCAAUGUCGAGCACGAGUGUGUCAACUGGGACAACGUUUUCCAGUGGUCAAAGGAGCACUGGUAUGACAUCAAAAAGGCAAACUUAGUUCAUCCCCAUUUUGGUCCUGUUGACUGGUCUACAAGUCCCGGCCCGCACCACUAA